GGUCGGGGCUGCGGCGCUGAGCGGCGGCUGCGCGGCCAUGGGCGCGCCGGGCUGGCCCUAGGGCGGGCGCGCGGAGCCCGCGGCCGGAGCGGCAGCCUCGCGGCGAGCCUCCCGGGCGGCGGCGGCGGAGCAGCGCGGCCGGCAUGAGCGGCGCGGCGCCCGGCCCGGGCUCGGGCCCCUCCCCGGCCGCCUGCCGCUUCGCGCACUACUUCGUGCUGUGCGGCAUCGACGCGGACAGCGGGCUGGAGCCCGACGAGCUGGCGGUUUUGUACCAAUGGCUAGAAGCAGAUCGUCGUGGCAGGAGCCAGGGUGCCGCAAAUACGACUUCAGGUGAAAAUUUUGACCAGAGUCCUUUGAGAAGAACAUUCAAAUCCAAAGUUCUGGCCCACUAUCCUCAGAAUAUAGAAUGGAACCCUUUUGAUCAAGAUGCAGUGAAUAUGUUGUGCAUGCCUAAAGGGCUCUCCUUCAGAACACAGACUGACAACAGAGACCCUCAGUUCCACUCAUUUAUAAUCACCCGGGAAGAUGGUUCUCGCACGUACGGCUUUGUUCUCACUUUCUAUGAAGAGGUAACAAGUAAGCAGAUCUGCACAGCAAUGCAGACACUCUACCAGAUGCACCACGCAGAGCACUACAGCAACGCGUGUGCCUCGUCCUCCUGCAGCAUGGACUCGCUGGCCAGCAGUAUCGAUGAGGGAGAUGCCACUUCCCUUUUGAAACUCCAGCGAUACAACUCCUACGACAUCAACCGAGACACCCUGUACGUCUCAAAAAGUAUAUGCUUGAUCACACCACUGCCCUUCAUGCAGGCCUGCAAGAAAUUCCUCACCCAGCUGUACCAGGCAGUCAGCUCACAGCAGCCGCCACCCUUGCCGCUUGAGAGCUACAUCCACAACAUUCUCUACGAGGUGCCCCUCCCGCCCCCAGGGAGGUCACUGAAAUUCUACGGCGUUUAUGAGCCCGUCAUCUGCCAGCGGCCUGGGCCCAACGAGCUCCCCCUCUCCGAUUACCCUCUCCGAGAGGCCUUCGAGCUCCUGGGACUGGAGAACCUGGUGCAGGUGUUCACCUGCGUCCUCUUAGAGAUGCAGAUCCUUCUCUACUCACAAGAUUAUCAGCGCUUGAUGACGGUGGCGGAAGGCAUCACCACACUUUUGUUCCCAUUUCAGUGGCAGCAUGUUUACGUGCCCAUCCUCCCUGCUUCUCUGCUACAUUUUCUUGAUGCUCCUGUCCCUUAUCUGAUGGGCCUUCAGUCAAAAGAAGGAACUGACCGUUCUAAACUAGAACUUCCUCAAGAGGCGAAUUUGUGUUUUGUGGAUAUUGACAACCAUUUUAUUGAGUUGCCUGAGGAAUUUCCCCAGUUUCCCAAUAAAGUGGAUUUUAUCCAGGAACUCUCUGAGGUGCUGCUUCAGUUUGGGCUCCCGCCGGAGGGCAGCCUGCACUGCAGCGAGAGCGCCACCAGGCUGAAGAAUCUGGUUCUGAAAGACUUGGUCAACGACAAGAAGAACGGCAACGUCCUCACUGGUAACAUCAGCGUGGGUGACUUCCUGAAGGGCAACGAAACCAUCGCCCGCCUCCAGGCUCUGGCCCAGCGGACCGGGGUGGCCAUGGACAAAAUGGACCUGUCUGCCUCUCUGGGUGGAAAAGAGAAGGAUCUGAAACUUCAGUGCGAAGAGGCAGAGCUCAAGGACUACCAGCUCAAUGUGCAGCUCCGAGAGGUCUUCGCCAACCGCUUCACGCAGAUGUUUGCCGACUAUGAAGCAUUUGUGAUUCAGACUGCGCAGGACAUGGAGUCCUGGCUCACCAGCCGGGAGCAGAUGCAGAACUUUGACAAAGCUUCCUUUCUGUCCGACCAGCCUGAGCCUUACCUGCCGUUUCUCUCACGCUUCAUUGAAACACAGAUGUUUGCCACCUUUAUCGAUAACAAAAUCAUGUCUCAGUGGGAAGAGAAAGAUCCUUUGCUCCGGGUCUUUGACUUCCGGAUUGAGAAGAUAAGACUGUAUAACGUAAGGGCACCCACCUUGAGGACAUCUAUCUAUCAGAAAUGCAGCACCUUAAAAGAAGCAGGUGAACUCUUUAGUCAGAGGCGAGCGGCUCUUGAUAUUGUGGCACCAGAACCUCAUGAUUUCUCUUCAGAAAGGCAACUCAUUGAUACCCAAUCAAUUGAGCAGCGACUGAUGAAAAUGGAUCACACUGCCAUUCACCCUCACCUACUCGAUAUGAAAAUUGGUCAAGGCAAAUACGAGCAAGGGUUCUUCCCAAAGUUACAGUCUGACGUCUUGGCCACAGGACCAGCUAACACCAACCGCUGGGUCAGCCGCAGCGCCACCACGCAGCGCAGGAAGGACCGCCUCCGCCAGCACUGCGACCACAUCGGGCUGGACAGCGACUUGCGGGAGCCUCCCCAGGGACUUGUGGUCUGUCAGAACUCCAUGGCGUUCUGGGAGUGGGAUGAGGUUCCGCCUCCUCCUGCACGACUUCCUAAAAAAUCCUUCUCUGAGUGCUGCCUGAAAUAUAUGCAAGAGGCACGAAGUUUAGGAAAAAACCUGAGGCAACCCAAAUUGUCAGACCUCUCUCCUGCAGUGAUCGCACAAACCAACUGGAAGUUCGUAGAAGGCUUAUUAAAAGAAUGUAGAAUGAAGACAAAACGCAUGUUGGUGGAGAAGAUGGGACACGAAGCAGUGGAGCUGGGCCAUGGAGAGGCAAGCAUAACGGGCCUGGAGGAGAACACCUUGAUCGCCAGCCUCUGCGACCUGCUGGAAAGGAUCUGGAGCCACGGCCUGCAGGUCAAGCAGGGGAAGUCAGCUCUGUGGUCACAUUUAAUUCAGUUUCAGGACAGAGAAGAGAAACAAGAGCACCUUGCAGAAUCGCCAGUUGCCCUUGGACCAGAAAGAAGAAAAUCUGACUCAGGAGUCAUGUUGCCAACACUCAGGGUCUCUCUUAUCCAGGACAUGAGGCAUAUCCAGAACAUGAGUGAGAUCAAGACUGACGUCGGGCGAGCUCGGGCGUGGAUAAGAUUGUCCCUGGAGAAGAAGCUGUUGUCCCAGCACCUGAAGCAGUUGCUCUCUAACCAGCCACUCACCAAGAAGCUUUAUAAGCGCUACGCUUUCCUACGUUGUGAAGAAGAAAGAGAGCAGUUUCUGUACCAUCUUCUCUCCCUCAACGCUGUGGACUACUUCUGCUUCACCAGCGUGUUCACCACCAUCAUGAUUCCAUAUAGGUCCGUGAUCAUCCCCAUCAAAAAGCUGAGCAAUGCGAUUAUCACCUCGAAUCCUUGGAUCUGUGUAUCAGGAGAGCUGGGAGAUACGGGAGUAAUGCAGAUCCCCAAAAACCUCCUUGAGAUGACUUUUGAGUGCCAGAACCUGGGGAAGCUGACCACUGUUCAGAUCGGUCACGAUAACUCGGGCCUGUUGGCCAAGUGGCUCGUGGACUGUGUCAUGGUCAGAAAUGAAAUCACAGGACAUACCUACAGGUUCCCGUGUGGGCGGUGGCUGGGGAAAGGCAUCGAUGACGGAAGCCUGGAGAGAAUCCUUAUUGGGGAGUUGAUGACAUCAGCGGCGGACGAGGGUCUCGUGAAACAGUGCCGGACGCCCCCCCAGCAAAAGUCACCCACAUCGGCGCGGAGGCUGAGCGUCACCUCACCGACAGGGAAGAGCACCAAGCCCAAUGCUGGACAGAUCCAAGAAGGAAUUGGAGAAGCUGUGAACAACAUUGUGAAACAUUUUCACAAACCUGAAAAAGAGAGAGGAAGCCUCACAGUGUUGCUGUGCGGAGAAAACGGCCUGGUCGCUGCACUCGAGCAAGUCUUCCACCACGGGUUCAAAUCUGCGCGUAUCUUUCACAAGAACGUCUUCAUCUGGGACUUCAUAGAGAAAGCGGUUGCUUAUUUUGAAACCACUGACCAGAUUCUAGACAACGAAGAUGAUGUCGUCAUUCAGAGACCACCCUGCAAAACCUUCCGCCACUAUGUAAAUGCUAUUAACACUGCACCUAGGAACAUUGGGAAGGACGGCAAAUUCCAGAUUCUGGUUUGCCUCGGCACACGGGACCGCCUGCUGCCGCAGUGGAUCCCCUUGUUAGCCGAGUGUCCGGCCAUUACCCGAAUGUACGAGGACAGCGCCCUCCUGCGGGACCGCAGGACCGUCAACUCCCUCAUCCGCGUUCUGCAGACCAUGCAGGACUUCAGCAUCGUCUUGGAGGGGUCACUCGUCAAAGGCGUGGACGUGUGACCCAGUUGGCUAGAAACCGUCGGGCCAGCGCCGAGCUCCUGAACCCUCCCCAGCCGUGGGGACCAGGUCGGACUUGUCUGACAAGGCAGUGAGUCACUGCGGGGGGCAGCGCGGCGGACCCCCCAAUUUGAACAAUCCUCACGCUACAGACAAGACAAAAUGCUGUAUUGUAGUUCAUUUGAACCUGAAAUUUAGUAUAAAAUAGAGUAUUUUCAUGUGUUAGAUGUGUGUAAAUAUGCUAUCUUUAAGAAAUUAUAUGACUAUUAAGAUACUUUUCUUAGAUUGAAUAUUUCUGUGACUUAAAAUAAGUAGCUUAAAAGCAUUGGGAGCUGGGACAGUGGGGGGAAAAGGUGCUCUCUGGAAAAAGCCAGUGAACAUGAAAAUGCAACAAUGCCGCCUAGUGGGGCUUUUUCCCCUCCAGGUACCACAGGGGAACCUCAAGUGCACUGUGUGUGGUGGCCAUGCAUCCUCGUGUCUGACCCUCCGUAUCGUGAGUGUAAACAGCUUUACCUGCUGUAGGGGACAGUCCUCACUUGUAUCUUUCGGUCCCAAAUGGUUUCAUAUGUUUGAACUGAGCCACUUUUCCAGGCUUUUGGAAACACAUUUCCGUCGGCACGAGAUGAAGAUGUAAUUCAAAUAUUUUAAAUACUGGACCCCAGGAGCUUGGCUGAACUGGAAAGGGAGCACAAAGCCCUGAGAAGUGUGGUAAAUUGUGGGAUUACGGCUUCUUUACACUUUGGAAAGAUUAGCCUAGACUAGCUUCAUUCUUGGCAUUUUUAUUCUUGUUACUUGAGGUGCUGUGGGGAGAUGCGGAUUUCACAGCCCUUGGAACUGCGAGCUGCCGGUUGGGCCUGUGCUUCUGCCGGGGCCGUCGAAGCCCCGCGGCGGCCCCCCACCUCCGCGGGCGACCACAGGCCCGGCUUUGUUGGUGGGCGCCUCCCGUCCCCGUCCCCGCCCCCCGCAGGAAGUGGGAGGAACGUCUCGGGAGGGGGAGGCUCCGUGCGGCUUGGAAUGUUUUUGUGAAAGUGUUUGUUGACCAUGAUAAUGCAGAUAACAGAAGGAUAGAGAAAGAGUGAACCCUUUCUGGGGGCUUCAGGGCAAGCUUUCUGUUCCUUUGUAAGAAGGGGCAAUAAUGUUAAAACAAGCGGCCGGAGAAGGUAAAAGCUGUGCAGCCCAGACAGGCAGAGUGGGGAGCAGAGCGAGAGGCCGCGGCGCUGCGAGACCGCACGUCGGGCGGGACUUCCCAGUUCGGUGUUUUACUCAGAAGCUAAACCAAUGUGCGUGAGCUAGUUAUGUUAAGCCCCCCUGUUUCGCAGGCCCUGCAAGCCUAAAGAGGCAUUUGCUCAUUGUUGGCAGGGAGACUGCCUCCGCAGAGCUCCGGACUGGAUUCCCCCUGGAGGCUGAGCAAAGCCAUGGCCUCCGCGGACCCUGUGCGAUCUGAGGGUCCUGGGCCCCGGCCAGCAGCGUUGUUGCCCUUAUUUCCUGCAGGACGAAACUAAGGAAACAAGAGCCUCUCCCCUUCAUCAAGCCCCGCGUUCAGCCAGGGCAGCCGAGGCACACCCCCUUCCCAUGAGCAGCGUGGUACUAGAGGAAGGGGGAUCGCAGGCAGCAGUGAGAAACCCACGGGAAGGGUUUAACGACGGCGCUGGGUGAUGCGGGUAGACAGUUGUUUGCCGGGGCUAACGCGUGUGCAGCGAUGCCGCCCUCCCAGGGACAGGGGAGGUCUCUUCCCGAGGCGUCCCGUCUGACAGCAGGCCCGUCCUGUGCUCCAGGGACCAGAAACUGUAGAAGGAUUCGAUCUAGGGUUUUGUCCUUAUCACCUUUUCCGUAAGGCCACCCUCUGGCACAGUCCGGGCACCCAGAGAUGACAGACUCGCAUGCCGGCAUUGAGUCCUCUGGUCCAGCCUUCUCGUUCGUAGAUGGGAAGGCUUACAGACCAGAGAAAUUAAAUACUCAACUCCCAUCUGGCAUUCGUAUUGCCAGUUUACCUUUGGAUCUUUAUUCACCCACCUGCACAGGCAGGAAGUAUUAAUAUUCACUUGUAAAAAUCAUUUGUAAGGAUCAAUAUUCAUUUUGACAAAUUGUUCUCAAGUUACUGAGAAUUACAUCUGUCAUAAAAACUGGGAGCAAAAUUGGAUUUGGGACCCGUGAAUAAAACCUUUGCUUUAAAAAGUCAUACCCCAAGAGUUCUGCCUGAAAUUCCAUCACUCUUUGCAUAGUAUGACAAUAGCAGUGAAAGGACCAAUUUCCAAAGCAGGAACCACAGCCAGAACUGAAUUCCUCUAGAAUUAUGGGCCCUUUAAAGUGGCCACCUUGGGAGCCCAUAUACUUCUUUCUUCCAGUAAUAAGCCAGUAUCCUUAGCCUGUUGGGGGCCUCCUUGUUGGCUGCUUGAAUGGCCUACAGCCCAUGUUUUAGAAUAUCUCCAGGGAUGGUAAAUCUUGGUCUUUCAGAAGAAAUUUAAUAUUUGGAAAUAACAAAGUCCUUAGGAUCCAAGCUGAUGAGCAUAAAGGAUGCUUAAGCAGAGUUUGGGGUCAUGUAAGAAACACCCUUCUAAAGAAAUAAAGGCAGUUCUUACAUACAUGGCUUCUGUCUUGGAGCCAAACCGAAGUAUUUUGAGCAAGACAGAAACAAAAUCCUUAGGACAGAAUGUAUGUCGCUUUCCAAACUGACCUGUAAAGUACAUACCCAUUCAGAGGUAUCCUUUCUGCUCUGUUAAUUUUUCAAGUUAGUGUAUUGCUCAAAAUUAAAUGAAAAUCAAUCUUAUAUUUGACAUUUUUCCCCAGUAUUUUCACAUAAUCGCCUAAGAAGAAAUUACUGAAAUGAAAUUGCCAAAAAUAGUACCUCUUGAAACAAACAUUCACAGUGUUUUUCAAAUGUCCUGAAACUACUGAUCUGUCUUUGUGACACAUGGUGUGACAUCAAUGUUGGUAUUGUGUGUGAGACCCUAAAGCUGUGCCCUGGUUGGUCUCAUCAGAACCUUAAAAAUGAGGCUCAACACAGAGGUGUGUGAAAUGGGGUUCUGAAUGGGGAAAAACAGGCUGCGAAAGCAAAAGUCAGGCCUCCCAACCCUCCCCAUCAUCUUUGCCGCUGCGGAGAUGGAGGGGGCAAGAAUUUGACACAAGAAUCCUAAAACUUGAAAAAGUUUAAAGUUUCCCUCUCAAAUUUGUUUAAAAUGUUUCACACAUUUCUGUACCUUUUGUAACCCUGUGGUAUUUACUUUAACAUAGCUUUUCUAAACAUUAUUUUAAUGAACUUAUGUCACUAUAUGAAUGGUAUAGGGGAAAUACUCCAUUGCUUCUGUUUUCUUUUUUGACAAUAAGGCACUGUUGUAUGUAAAUAUAAGUGAAAAGGGUAUAGAGACUGUACAUAACAGGUUGUGUGUAGUAUAUGUUGACACCUCUAAGCUAUUUUGAAACAUGAGGCAACAGACAAGGACCUCAGAUCCCCAGGGAAAUAUUUAUUUGACAGCAUUGAGAGUUUAGCUCGUAAUAAUGAAGUAUCUUCUUUCUGCUAAGAAUUGUGAUUUCUCAGUAGGUUUUCAUUUUGAGAAUUGUAUUUUCUCUGUGAGGUUUACAGAAGCUAGCCUAUCAUUUUCACCACGUUCAGAGGACAGUCUGAACCUAAGCUACUCACCUUUCAGUAUUAACGCACCCCCACUGAUUGAGAGGGGAGUCUUGAGCUCUUCUCUACUUUUGUAACGUGAAUCCUAUUUCCAGGUCCCUGUUUUUUACAUUAAGUGUCUAUCACAUUACCAUUUAGGUUAAAAGGAGACAGAAACAAAUAAAAAACUAGUUCCCCUACUCCUAUGUAAAUGCACUUAUAAAUCUCGAAUCCAACUGAUUUCCAAGCUUUUCUAGAGGGUACUGAUGGAGGCUGAUUGGUCCAAGGAAAACCUCAUCCUCCCCAAUCCUACUAAAGCUGAUCAUCCUCUUGAGGACAAAAUAAGGACUAGCUCCAGAAAUCCAUCGCAUUGAGCAAUUCAUAACACAGUGGAAAAAAAUCAUCAAAGAAGUUCUCCUCGUUUGCAGGAAUGCAGGGUCUCCUUGGGGCCCGAAGGAGGAAUCACGCUUGAUUCAAACACCUGAAUGUAUUUGCAUGGGGCUCCUGUCUUUAUUCCAGACACCAGGUUUGUUGACACUAGAGGGGAGUGUAAGGAGUUCCUGUUGUCAGUCACACGAGGGUGUUAAACACAGAAAAAAUCCUCCAUGUUACACUUGAACCAUGUGUCAAUGUACCUUGUGUAUCUUUUUUAAAAAUGAGCAUUUCUGCAUUUAAAUUGUAUUAUUUUUUUCUUUGUACUGUUAACAAACCGCAUUAGAAUUGGAUUUCGCCCCCCCGCCAUCUGAACACAAUAUAAAAUUUUAAAAGUAUUGUGAUAUCAAGCACUUUAACAUACAUAUCAGAGAAAUUGAUGUGGGUUUUUCAGGUUUUGGAGUACAUUUAAAUAUGACUUUUCAUGCUUUGUUCUUUACAAAUAAACUGUGGGGUUGAUACUUUG